ACUCACAGACUCAUUUGCUUUAUUUAAUGAAAAUUUGAACUUUCAAAAUGAUUGAAAACCCAUACAUUUUUUUUAGCUAGGCGUUCACACCAACCUUUAAAUUGUACAGCCGGAUACGCUCAUAUUAGACACUGGCAGUGUUUUGAUGCCGCACGUGAGGCUUAAAUUAAAUGAUUGACACCGUUAACGAGGCAAAAGAGGCUGCGGAUCCAGGGAGGACCAGUCAGGCGUUUUUUACGUUUUAUUCGUCUUUGUAAUACACCACAAACAGGGGAAAGCUAACAAAGCGGAAGAAAUCACAGCUGUCAAAUCAAUACCGACGGCGGGUACGGUUGCCCAGAGUGCGGCCCAGGCAGGAGCCUGCGACAUCAGGCAUCAUGAUGGAGGGGGGCAUGCAGCUGCUCAACCGCGAUGGCCACAGCAUCUCGCAUAACUCAAAGCGCCACUACCACGACUCCUUCGUGUCCAUGAACAGGAUGCGACAGCGUGGCCUACUUUGUGACAUUGUGCUCCACGUCUCCAACAAAGAAAUCAAGGCGCACAAAGUGGUGCUGGCAUCCUGCAGCCCCUACUUCCACGCUAUGUUUACCAAUGAGAUGUCAGAAAGUCGGCAAACCCAUGUGACCCUUCAUGACAUCGAUCCCCAAGCUUUGGAGCAGUUGGUCCAGUACGCUUACACAGCAGAGAUUGUUGUUGGUGAAGGCAACGUGCAGACGUUGCUCCCAGCAGCGAGUCUGCUGCAGCUGAAUGGGGUUAGGGAUGCCUGCUGCAAGUUCCUCCUCAGCCAGCUGGACCCCUCUAAUUGCCUGGGCAUCCGAGGCUUCGCUGACACACACUCCUGCAGUGACCUGCUCAAGUCAGCACACAAGUAUGUGCUGCAGCACUUUGUGGAAGUGUCUAAAACAGAGGAGUUCAUGCUCCUGCCACUGAAACAGGUCCUAGAUUUGAUCUCCAGUGACAAUCUCAAUGUGCCAUCUGAGGAGGAGGUGUACCGAGCCGUGUUGAGCUGGGUGAAACAUGAUAUAGAUGGACGCAGGCCACAUGUACCUUGGCUGAUGAAGUGUGUGCGGUUGCCGCUGUUAAGGCGAGACUUCCUCAUGAGCAAUGUUGAUACGGAGCUACUGGUGCGUCACCACUCGGAGUGUAAGGAUUUGCUGAUAGAAGCUCUAAAGUACCAUCUGAUGCCUGAGCAGAGGGGAGUCCUUAGCAACAGCCGGACACGCCCACGACGCUGUGAGGGCGCCAGCCCCGUGCUCUUUGCCGUUGGUCAGUGUGCCCCCGAAGGUGGUGGUAGCCUGUUUGCCAUCCAUGGAGAUUGUGAGGCCUAUGACACCAGGACGGAUCGCUGGCACAUGGUGGCCUCCAUGUCCACACGGCGGGCGCGGGUGGGUGUGGCAGCUAUUGGGAACAGACUCUAUGCUGUUGGAGGGUACGAUGGCACCUCGGACCUUGCAACUGUGGAAUCAUAUGAUCCCAUCACCAACUCCUGGCAACCAGAGGUUUCCAUGGGAACGAGACGGAGCUGUCUGGGUGUAGCGGUUCUGCAUGGCUUGCUGUACGCUGCUGGAGGUUAUGAUGGCGCUUCCUGUCUCAACAGUGCGGAGCGCUAUGACCCUCUGACUAGUACAUGGACCUCAAUUGCUGCCAUGAGCACCCGAAGGCGAUAUGUUCGGGUUGCAACUCUGGAUGGAAGCUUAUAUGCUGUAGGGGGAUAUGACAGUUCCUCACAUCUGGCAACUGUAGAGAAAUAUGACCCUCAGAGUAACGCGUGGACGGCCAUCGCCAACAUGCUGAGCAGGCGCAGCAGUGCAGGGGUGGCGGUGCUGGAUGGGAUGCUGUACGUCGCAGGAGGCAAUGACGGCACCAGCUGCCUGAACUCAGUGGAGCGAUUCAACCCCAAAACCAACACCUGGGAAGGAGUCGCCCCCAUGAACAUACGCAGGAGCACUCAUGACCUGGUGGCAAUGGAUGGCUGGCUGUAUGCAGUGGGAGGUAAUGAUGGCAGCUCCAGUCUCAACUCCAUCGAGAAGUACAACCCACGCAGCAACAAAUGGGUGGCAGCCUCCUGCAUGUUCACCCGGCGCAGCAGCGUGGGUGUGGCGGUCCUGGAGCUUCUGAACUUCCCCCCACCUUCCUCGCCCACCCUCUCGGUCUCUUCCACCAGCCUUUGACACGGGGUCACCGUUUGGCUGACCACAGCCUCUGCUGCUACGACCCCGGCUGGCUCUGGGAAAAGACGCAACUGUUCGGUUUGAGAGUUCAGGCAGGAGGAGGAGCAUCAGGUCAGGUAAAUGUAUGGAGGGAAAAGAGGACUGACAGGGUGAAAAUGUACGCCUCAGAAUUAGUAGCAAGUCAGCCAGCCGUAAUUUGAAAACUUCAAGCAUCAGAAAUAAACAUCAACCUUAAUCUUAAGGCUGUUUUAUGAAGCAUUAGGCAUUUUCAUAAUGUCCAACAAACAGCUCCUCUUGUCAAGUAAAAGGCAAGAAAAUUCUUCAAAAAUCAAAAGAGAUUUGAUAUUGGGUAAAUAUCUGCUCGAGAUAAUUAAUACAAAAAAAAUCCUCAUUAUAAAAAAAAAAGGUACAAGAAUGGCACAAGAUGGAUGUUCUACAGCCUCCCUUCUCAGUUUGACAUGGCUAUGAAAAUUCACUCUAACCACCAUUCUCCCAUCUUUUAUCGACAUUUCCUUUUGGGCUGCUGUUUACCAUCUUGCUGCUACUUCUGAUUGCGCUGCAGUUGGUUUGAAUAACUGAGGGCCCACUGUUUACCCCCCCAAAAUACAUAUACCCAUCCCCACAUUCGUCAAGAUUUCUGGAAAAAAAUGUGCGACUGUAUUUAUUUAUUUUUGGCCAAACCGACGUGGUUUCUCAGUUAAUGUGUCAAACAUGUAACUGCAGUUUGUGUCGUGAAUGUUUUUGGUUUGAUGUUCUCCUCAGCAAAAGGCUUUUCUUUAAUGGCAGGUGUUUUUUGCAAUAAUGUACAAAAAAGAAAAAACUAGAUUAUUUUACAUUUGGAAUGUAGCUUUCUAGUGGUUGUUCCAUGCAUGUUUACACAUUGGCACAGACUCCGAUGAUGGUAAAUGUUGUAGUGCUGCUUUGCCACACUAGGUGGCACUAACGGGCAACGUUAUGAACCCUUUUCACGCUGCAGGAAAGCAUGGACACCAAUAACACAGACGAGCUGGGGCCCUCAGAACUGUAAAUUACUUUUGAUCCUUUUUAUAUCAAAACAGAGAACUAAGCUGAACUAUACAUAUUUAUAAAAAUAUAAUAUAUUCUGUUUCCAAGAUGCUUACAAAAGGAAACAUACCCGUGACAUGCCUAUUUAAGAGUUUUUAAAAAAUAUAUUUAUUUGGAUGUUUGAUGUGCAUUUCGUCAGUGGAAAUGACAAAGAGAAUGUCCUAGCGUGAAAGAGGUGGCUGUUCAGUUUAUGUCUGGUUUAAGAGGACUGAUUGCAGCCUUCUAUUUACAUUUUUGAUGUGUCACUGCCACAAGCAUGAUCUCACAUGGCACUGUACCUUAUGUCUGCUACAUGUGUGAAGACAGAUAGACCAGCUGACCAGUCAGUGAAAGGACUCCAUAUAGUCUUAAAAUCUUCCUUAAUUUUUUUUAAAGCAAAGAAACAAGCAUUUUGAAAAGACAGCAUCAACUCUAAUUAAAGCAAGAAUUGGUGAAGACAAAUGCCCACAAUUAAGGGAAGGCUGCCAUGCAUUGUUAAACUGAUAUGAUCCUAAAGUAGAAAAUUCAAAAGAACAGAACUUGCCACAGUUCAGCUGUGGUGAGCCAUUUCACCAGCACAUUUGCUUUGUCUAAAUAAAUGGAUCACUAUUUCUGAGGCAGUUAUGAGUCAGUAUCUGGGUUCAGUUCAGCUCAUGUGUAGUGCAGUGAUACCAUUCCAGACUUCUAAGAAGUUGCCUUUUCUCCUUAUUUUAAAGGAUUAUUUUGAUUCGGUUUUCUUUGUUUUCCCUGAAAUAACUUUUAUUUAUGUGCAGGAUGGUUUGUGGGAGUUUAUGGCAGGAGAUUUGGAGCAGGGUGGCCUUAAAUAUAUGCUACUAUUGUGUAAAAUCCAAUAGUCAGGGACAGAAUUUAAGACAAAGGUGCAUAAAACCACAUAAGACAUUUGGCCUCUGUUUUGUUAUUUGAAAUGUACAUAAACGGAUUGCUCAAUUUAUCUUACUUCCAUUUGUGCAAUUUUAAUGUGAUUGUAGCUUUUUUUGUUAGUUUGUGGUUAAUGUGGUGAUACUUGUUUAUUUAUUAUAUGUUUGUUAUUUAUGGCAUAUUUCAAAAUACAGAAUUUUGCACUAUUGCGAAAUAAAGCAAUACCAUACAUGUAAAAGAAGAAAUAAA